CUCUAGUCCUACACCUCCUUGCAUUCCCACCCAAUAACGCGUCUUUCCUCCACAUCUGGACAUCGAUUAGCCACCAAAGAGAAUCUGGGAUGCUAUCAAAAUGCCAGACAACGCCGUUUCCGCCUCCGCCAAAGGCGCAACGUCCCUCAUUGCCCUCCAAAUCAUCUCGCGCGCAAUAACCUUCGCCCUCAACCAAUUCCUCCUCCGCUACCUGUCUCCGGAACUUCUAGGCAUCUCCGUCCAGCUCGAGCUCUACAAGAUGGGCACUAUGUACUUUGCGCGAGAAAGCCUUCGAGUCGCGGCCGAGAGACGCUCAGACGGCGGCAUCCAAGCUGCGAUCAAUCUCUCUUACCUCGCCAUCCUCGCCGGCUUUCCUAUUAGCGCGCUACUGGCGGAGUGGUAUCUUAGCGUGGGCUCGCUGGACGUGGCGUACUUUUCACAGGCGCUGAGAGUCAAUCAACUUGCCGCGUUGGUGGAGCUGCUGAUGGAGCCGGCUUUUACUGCUGCCCAGCAGAAUCUCAUGUACGGAGCUCGCGCCACUGCAGAGGGCGCUUCGGUCAUCCUGAAGACCGUCACUGUCUUCUCGCUCUUCUUCUGGAGUCAUUCCCGAGGAAUCGAUCUCGGAGUUCUGCCAUACGCCGUCGGCGAACUCGUGAAUUCUGUCGUUUUGACUACCGUGUACUGGAGUCUUACAGCACCCGUGGCACGAGACAAGAAGUUCUCGCUGUUCCCGCGGAAGAUGAAGUCGAGCCCGUCUCAACGUUACCUCCUCUCUUACUUUUACAAACCCCUCCUCUGGCUCAUCGGCUCUCUCUUCUUCCAAACCGGGAUCAAGUGGCUUCUCACGGAAGGCGACAAACUCCUCAUCACGGCCCUCGCUUCUCUCGAAGAUCAAGGUCUGUACGCUCUAUCUGCAAAUUACGGCGGGCUCGUAGCGCGCAUGCUCUUCCAACCAAUCGAGAUCAGCUCACGCAACCUAUUCGCCACCCUCUGUGGCGCUUCAUCUAAACCCAGCAAAACCCCAAACGAAACGAGCAAAAAGGGUGAAUCAACAACCGACUCCUCCGCCACAAACGACAAUCUCCAAUCAGCAGCGCUCGUCCUGCGCGACAUCAUCCGCGUCUACAGCAUCUUCUCCCUCAUCAUCUUCGCCAUAGGCCCCACAGCCGCACCCCUCCUCCUGCGUCUCGUCGCCGGCUCGCGCUGGUCAAGCUCCGGCGCCGCCCAAGUGCUCGGCACAUAUUGCUACUACAUCCCGUUCCUAGCCAUCAACGGCGUGUCUGAAGCCUUCGUAGCAGCCACGGCUUCGACCAAAGACCUGCGAGAUCAGACGUUCUGGAUGGUGGGCUUCUCGGGGCUGUUUGGGUUGAGUGCGUACGCUUUUGUGAGCGUGCUAGGGCUGGGGGCGGAGGGCUUGGUGUGGUCUAAUUGCGUCAAUAUGGCGUUGAGGGUCGUCUUCAACUUUGCGUUUGUGAGGCGGUAUUUUGCGGAGAGGGGAAGGGCUUUCAGCAUUGCCGGUGUUCUGCCGAAUAUGUACGCCGUGGGCUUUGCAGUCGCUGCACCUAGCGUGUUGACGCAGUCUGGCAAAAUCGGGACAUUCAAGGCGUACGGAUUGUUCGGAGAGCUUGUGCGCGUUGGUGGCGUUGCAGGCCUUCUCGCCGUGGCGAUGUAAGCCGUUUCUCACUACCGUCUUCACUACCAAUUCAUGUCAAGCUAACAACCUCCCCCUCCAGUGCUGUGACGGAGCGAGCCUUUUUACUCGAUUGCUAUAGAC